AUGAUCACAAAGGACCUCGAAGCCUUGGGUUUACGAGAAGGCAUCUUGGAGCUGGAGGCCAGAAAGAAAAAUAUCAGAUUAGGACAUAUAUUCAGACAAGUGAAUGUUUUGAUCGCUACAUGUGAAGGUGACGCUACCCUUAGUCUAGUGGGCAGUUAUAACACCAUGAAGAACAAGGUCCUUGGCUACAAAUUCCCCAAUCUGUACCAGGUGUAAAAGAUGACUUUCCAGUUUUCCUAUGGAACUUCAGAAACUUCAUGUGGCCUGUCCUUCAAACCACAGCCUGGAAACUUCGAAAAGAAUUUCUCUGCUAACUUUUCUAUUACUGGAAAGUUCCCUUGGAGCUCUUUUGAGAAGGACAGAGAUCUGUUGUUUUCCCACAUGGAGCACACGGGGCAUCCUCCUCAAGAGGAAUUUCAAUUUUGGUUAAACAAACCACUUGUGUUGGAUUCGGUUUUUGCAGCAUCUUUGUGGGCAGAAUGUUCAUGCCCAUUGCUUGAUGACAAGAUCUCAAGUAUCUCUUCUGAUAGGUUUUACCUGGAAGAAUCCACAAGUGUUCAGGGGUUCAGCGUCCAUGACAUCGGGCAAUAGAGUGAAGACCACCUAAGCAGGAGGUGUGCAGGGCCUGCACCUCCCGGGAACUCUUCAGAGCACACUUUUCUUCAGUUCUGCAACCUGAGAUAG